AUGCAGUGUGGGGACAUCAAUGGAUGGGUGGUGUUAGAAGCACCUUUAAGUGCACUACCAGCACAUGGCGUAGGCUUGCUGGCAUUGUGUCUUAACCAGAAUCUUGCAAAUGAUGAUCGUGAUGAUGGCGCUAUUGUUACUGUUGUCAUUAGUGGGCCCGGUCAAGAAAUUGCACAGAUUUCACCAUGGCAAGUCCCCCACUAA